CCUCGAGAAGCAACAUCGUGCAUUAAAGAAGUGCAAGUCUGUAAAUUGAUAGGACAAUCAGCAGCAGCAGCGGUCGCUAUCCAGGAACGGUAUCAGCGGCUGUCCGAUUGGGCAAAUCACGUUCUCACCGUUUGGAGGAAUUUGCCUAUUGUCAAGCGCGGUCCGCGAUCUUUGGGAUGCCAGACAGACACAGUCAGAGCGUAUUCGACUGUGACCAUCGUAGUCCUCCAGCCUAUGAGUGCGAUCUGUCUCCAACGACAGUCUUCAAUUGCCAGCGAAACCGCAAGUACCACUUAAACGGGAGGCCUACGUUGAGUUGGGCUACAUCAUCGGACGAGCUUACAUAAUCCCAUCCGUGAGGGUCACCGAAAACCCCCCGAUAGAGUUAUAUCCGUAACCAUGGCUACCGAACUACCUCGCGUUAACCUGGACGAACCACGCUACGACCAGAGUACCUACUUAAAUCGUGCGAAGCACUUUCUUGUCAUCACCAAUCCGCUGAAUGCGUUCUCCACCGAGGAGCAACUGGAUCGGGCCGCACGCAUCGUGCGCGACUAUCGAGCCGGAAAGCCGCUGCCGGAUGUGCGCAGCGUCGAUGAGCUGUGGAAGGCCAAAUACCUCUACGACAGUGCGUUCCACCCGGACACCGGCGAGAAGAUGUUGCUCGUGGGCCGCAUGUCUGCCCAGGUGCCCAUGAACAUGACCAUCACCGGGUGCAUGAUGACGUUCUACAAGUCGACACCGGCCGUAAUUUUUUGGCAGUGGUUCAACCAGUCGUUCAACGCCGUCGUCAACUAUACGAACCGAUCGGGGGCUUCCCCGAUCAGCCAGGAACAGCUGUUGACCUCGUACUGCAUGGCAACAGGUGGUGCCCUCGUGACAGCCCUUUCGCUGAAUCGUCUCGUUCGGAAUGCUCCGCCUCUGGUGGGUCGCCUCGUGCCGUUAGCAGCCGUAGCCGCCGCGAAUUGCAUUAACAUUCCCUUGAUGCGCAUUCAGGAGCUGAAAAACGGCGUCACAUUGCUGGAUAAGGAUGGUAAAGAAUUGGGUGAAUCCGUUCGUGCCGCCAAGGAGGGCAUCUCGGCCGUUACCUUCAGUCGUAUUCUCAUGGCCAUGCCUGGCAUGGUCUUCACGCCGGUUCUAAUAAACAGCCUGGAGAAGCGUGGUUUAUUGCGGCGUUUCCCGUGGGCGAACGCACCGAUCCAGAUGCUGUUCUGUGGGUUGUGUUUAACCUUUGCCACGCCGCUCUGCUGCGCCCUGUUCAGCCAGAAGGCUUCGAUUAGCGUGAACAGCCUGGAAGAGGAGCUUCGUACGAAGCUGCGUGCCGAUCGUCCCGAACUAGAUGUCGUUUAUUACAACAAGGGUCUCUAACAAGUAGAUGGAAACUCUGCCACAGCAAUUAUGCUCAAAUGCAACGGUGAAGAAAAUUCGCUCUGGCCAAUUUGCGUAGCAUUUUUGAGCAUUUCCUUGGUUUAAACACUGCACCAGCAGAUCGGAAUUGCUGGAUACUACGCACACCCAACUCCACUAAUCAGCACCAUAUCGUAUAUCGUGCUUGUCAUCAUCAUCAUCUCUCUCUAUCUCUGUUGACUAGUUUUAAGUUCUCUUGCUCGGUUGUAACUCAUAUCACACCCAGAAAUCAGUUCCGUUCGCAAAAAAGUGCAAGUGACAAUAAAAGUGCAAUGUUUUUCUCACCUGUCCCCCCUAUCAAGGGUAAAGGUACGUUUUGUGUUUCGCUUUGCUAUACGAAGUAAUAGGUACCGCGAUAUAAAGCGAUUGUAACCGAAGGAGCAAUUAGUCGAUAAAAAUACGAUGAAAUAAAAAG